AUGACUGUCGAGGAUAGAACAAUUAAGAUAGCCGUUAUUGGCGGUGGAAUAGUUGGAACUAGACAUGCCAAGCUGAUUUCCCAGCACCCCAAUGUCGAACUAUCUGGCCUAGUAGAGCCCUCGCCAACUGGAAUAAGAGUGGCGGCUGGAUUACACACAAAGCAUUAUUUUUCUUUAGCUGAAUUGUUUGAAUCAGGCAUUCCAGAUGCUGCCAUAGUUGCUUCGCCGACCCAAGUCACAGACUCUAUAGCUCGAAAGCUAAUAGCACAGGGUGUUCACAUGCUAGUAGAAAAUACCUUGAGUACAAAAGUAAAGUCAGCUGAAGAGAUUGCAAAUGUGGCCGAUAAAAAAGGAGUAUCGCUAUUAAUGGGACAUCAUCGCCGAUUUCAUCCCUCUAUUGUAGCAGCUAAGAAGGCAAUUGAUAGUGGUGAGCUCGGAAUAAUUACGGCAAUUUCUGGUUCGUGGACGUUGCGGAAACCAAUGGAUUAUCUCGACUCUGUGUUUCCAUCUGAGGAUUGGGAAAAUGAUAAAAGACUAUCUAGACAAUUAUACCUGAACUUGGUUCACGAUAUUGAUAUUCUACAGUAUUUAAUUGGACCUAUAGUCAGGGUUUACGCCCAAAAAUUCCCAUCAAUUAAUGCAUUUGGAGCACAAUCGGGUUCUGCCCAGCAGGCAUCAGUCACAUUAUUAUUCAACUGUGGCGCAAUUGGCACAUUCAUGCUUUCUGAUUUCGAUUCGAGUCGUGAUAGUAGCACUUUUGGGUCUAGUCAUCUAGCAGCACACUCUCCUCAGUUACCAUCUACAGAAGAAGCUUCGAGUGCUUACUAUAUAUUUGGAACCACUGCGUCACUUAGCAUCCCUGAAAUGGCUCGAUACUCAUUUGAAGAUUCUGGAAUUGGCUGGACAAGCAAAAUGAAAGUAGACACUUUGCUUGUUGAAAGCGGACUGUCUUACGACUUACAACUAGACCACUUUAUCAAUGUUCUUAGAGGACAAGAAAAACCUAAUUGUAGUGGUAAAGAAAGUGUCAUGACGCUGAAAGUAGCCACUGCAGUGCAAGAGAGCCUGAAGGAUGGUGACCCAAUAGAUAUAGAAUAG